AUGGCGUCAACCUCCGCGAAAAGCGCAAAGGGCGCCGGCCCGGGUGAAAAGAAAAUUGUGCCCAAGAAGGGUAUCUUCGACGACUCUUCGAGCAGCGACGACGACCAGGACGAUGGCGGCGCGACGCUAGGCUCCUCGGCAGAGUUGAAGAUCAAUGCAGAGUAUGCCCGGCGUUUCGAGCACAACAAGAAGCGGGAAGAGCUCCACCGGCUGCAGGAGAAGUACAAGCCGGGCGGCGCGGGCGAAGAGGAAUCCGAAUCGUCGUCUGAUGAAAGCGAGGACGACGAGGCCGUGCUGGCUACCGAGGACCUGGACGCCGAGAUCUCGGCUACUCUGGCGGCUAUCAAGAACAAGGAUCCCCGAAUCUAUGACAAAGAGGCCGUCUUCUACAAGCCUUUCGACCCCGCCGCGGAGCCGACGACGACGAAGGAGGACAAGCCCAUGUUCCUGCGCGACUACCACCGGGAGCGGUAUUUGAGCGGCGAUGUUGGCGCUGACGAUGACAGUGCCGGCGGAGCCGACGUGCCCCGCACUUACAACCAGGAGCAAGCCGACAUCAAGAAGUCGAUCCUCUCCGAGAUCAGUGCGGCCGCGGCAGCCGCAGCCGAAGACGACGACGAAGAAGAGUGGAGCGACGACGAUGCCUUCAUCAAGCCCGUCAAGAAAGACAAUGCGCCUGUCUCCAACGGCAUCCACCCUUCGCGCGCAGCCAACCUCAAGCUCACCGAGGCCGACGUCGUCAAUGCCGACCGAGACCCGGAGGACUAUCUGUCCAAGUUCAUGGCAUCCAAGGCCUGGGCGCCGGAGGGGGCUGGCUCGAAGUGGCAAGCAUUCGAAUCCGAUGAAGGGGAGGAUGCGGACGAUGUGGCUGACGAGUUCGAGCAUGCCUAUAAUAUGCGAUUCGAGGACCCUACCAAGAGCAACGAGUUCCUGAAGACGUACUCGAGAAACAUGGCCGCGGCGCGCUCGGCGAGAAAGGAAGAACUGACCGGCAGGAAGAAGCAGAGAGCGCUCGAGAAGGAACGGAAAGAGGCCGAGAAGAAGGAGCGUGAGGCCGAACGGGCCCGUCUGCGGCGUCUCAAGAUCGAGGAGGCAUCCGACAAACUCGCCAAGAUCAAGAAGGCCGCCGGCAUGAGCGGCAAGAACCUGACGGAAGAGGAGUGGAUGAAGUUUCUGGAGGACGGCUGGGACGACGACAAGUGGGAGGAGGAGAUGCAAAAGCGGUUCAACGAUGACUACUACGCCGAGGCAGACGAUAUGUCUCUAGACGAGGAUGAGGGCGAAGACGAUGAAGAGACGGACAAGAAAAAGACAAAGAAGCCCAAAAAGCCCAAGUGGGACGACGACAUCGACAUCAACGACAUCAUCCCGGACUUCGAGGACGACGCCAAGCCUGCGGUGUCCCUCACAGACGACGAAGCCGACGAGGCACAACCCGGGGCAGACUCAGACCAAGACGACCAGGAAGACGACGACGAACGUCCCGCCAAGAAGCGCAAAACAGCCAAGGACAUCAAAAACGAGCGCAUCGCGGCCAAGCGCCAGGCCCGCGCCGACCUCGCCAAGAUUGAAGCCCUCGUCGACACCAAGAUGGAACUCGACAACCCUCGGGCCCUCCAACAACCCAAGGGCUCCUCCUCCUCUCAAGCCAAAGCUAAAGCCACCACCGGCUUCCGUUACCGCGAAACUUCCCCGCAAUCCUUCGGCCUCACGGCCCGCGACAUCCUCCUUGCCCCGUCAGACUCUGCGCUCAACGAGUUCGCAGGACUCAAGAAACUAGCCACCUUCCGCGACGCGGAGAAGAAGCGGAAGGACAAGAAGCGGCUGGGUAAGAAAGCGCGGCUGCGGGAGUGGCGGCGCGAGACGUUUGGUCGUCGGUUUGAGGAGAGCGGGCCGACGUAUGGGUUUGAGAAGCUUGUUGGUGACGGCGAGGAACGGGGUAGUGGAAGGAGGACGGCUGGGAGUGGAGCAAAUGCUGUGCCGGCGGGUGGGAAAACCAAGGAAACAGGUAAAGCGGCCGAGGCAAAGGGCGGGAUUGUGGAAGGGGAGAGGAAGAAGAAGAGGAAGAGGCCGAAGAAGAGUAAGAAGGCUGUUGAAGCGGAAGAGUGA